CACACACACACACACACACACACAGACUUAGUAACUACAUUUACUGAUUGGUUGGCUGAAUCAGAGACAGGAAGUGCAAUGAAACAGUGUGCACGGCAGUGAUACUUACUUCUCUACAACUUCAACUUUGGGUGUGUGUGUGGAUAUUCAAGUACAGUGUGAGUAAGUGAACACGCUGGACAGAAUAUGCCUGGUCCUCCACCCCCACCAGCACCUCCUCCUCCAACCUUUGCUUUGGCUAAUACUGAGAAACCAUCCCUGUCCAGAAAUGAGCAACAAGGGAGAAAUGCUUUACUCUCAGAUAUUGGCAAGGGUGCUCGUCUAAAAAAAACUGUCACCAAUGACCGCAGUGCUCCAGUAUUCGAUAAGCCUAAAGGGGGUGGUGGUGGUGGUGGUGGUGGAGGAGGCGGAGCUUCAGGUGGACUUGGUGGCCUGUUCCAGGGUGGGAUGCCAAGACUAAAAUCUGGAGGAGGUGGCGCUGCGAGACCACCUAUGCCACCCAUUGGAGGGAGGUCCCCUGCACCUAGUGGGGGGGCACCUCCUCGUCCCCCUGACACUCCUUCUGGGCGACCAAACAUGAACAGAGGCCAUUGUCCACCCAUGCCUUCCUCUAAUCCUACCCCUCCACGCAGUUCACACACUGGUGGACCUCCACCUAUACCAGGAAGUCGAUUCCCAAGCUCACCUUCUACACCACCAACAAUGCCAGGUCGGCGCCCCAGCAAUCCUCCAAAUCCUCCCCCUGGCCGCCAAACAUCUUUUCCACCACCCCCUGUUCCUUCUAGUGCCAGACCAACUCCAAACGCAUUUUCCUCUGGAUCCUCUAAUGAUUUCCCUCCUCCACCACCAGCAGUGGGAGGUAACAGAUCAGCGUUACCGCCACCUCCUGUUCCAGCUAGUGCGCGGCCCCAUUUGUCCACAGGCAGCACAGAUGACUUCCCCCCUCCUCCACCAGCCAUGGGAGGACAUCGGUCAUCAUUACCUCCGGUUCCCCCUAGUAAUCAUGCUCCACUUCCUCCACCUCCUGAAUUAGAUGAUUUUCCUCCACCACCACCAUCUGUAGGAGGAAGUAGGAAAUCAUUUUCUGGUGAUGGGUCUUCUCUGCCACCACCACCCCCAUCUGGAAGUAAACCAGGACAAAGAUCUAUGGGAAGUGCCCCCCCACCACUUCCUUCUGGAAGAGGAGACUUGCCACCGCUACCCCCAACACCAGCAAGGGAGCCGCCCAGUACACUUCCUCAUAGAAAUUCCUUUAGUACCCCACCACCACCUGUCUCACGUCCUGGAGGGGCUGCGCCACCACCUCCACCCAGUUCAAGACCACCUCAAGCAGGAAAACCUUCAACUAUACGAUCUAGUCCUCUUCCACCUCCACCUACAGGAGACAGCAGGGGAGGUCCUCUUCCACCUCCCCCUGCAGGAGAUAGCAGAGGAGGUCCUCUUCCACCUCCCCCUGCAGGAGACAGCAGAGGAGGUCCUCCACCUCCUCCUAAUCACCCUGGUGGUAGUCGAGGAGGCCGACCUCCCCUUCCUCCAGAUAGGCCUGGGGCAGGAGGGUUCCCUCCCCCUCCCCCUUCUGUGGACAAUGGCUACCAGAGUUCACCUAAAAACAACACUGAUGAAUGGGGGAUGAGGUUUCCCUUCCAUACAAUUUCUGAGCUACCCCCACCUGAGCCAUAUAUUUCCGGCCCUAAGACGUACCCCAGCAAAUCUGGUAAGACAGAUGUCAAAGGAACAUUACCAAGGGAAAGAGGAGCUCCUCCACUGCCUCCAAUACCCAGAUAAAGAAAAACUAAAUUUUAGUUAUGCCACUGCUUUUUAUUAUUCAUUUCCUCAAAUUAAAUUUUAUGAAUGUUGCUGAGAGCUUUGAAUUUCAUAUGUGAGGUGAGGUGCUCUCUUUCACUCUCUCUCGCUUGCUCAUUUGCUCACACACGCACACACACACACACAUAAAUGUAUUACAUAUAAUUAAUAUGUAAUGUAUAGACAUUUAUUUCUUUAUAAUACUGAUGUAGGUGUAUCACAGUGCAAUGUAUUCAAAUUAUAUUUUGUAUGGUAGUUAUGUGGUGGCAUUUCUUUUUAUUUCUUUUUUUAAUAUACUGCAUUUUUAUUAAAGACUAAUGAAUAUGGAAAUAGUGUUUUAUGUUCUACUGUUAUUGCUGAGAAGGCUAAAAAGCACCUUUUAUAAGACAAGUUGGAUGAACAGUGCAGUAAAUGAAAUUAAAAUAAAGUACAUCUAAGCACUUUGAA